AUGAGAGUUCCUUUCGACCGUGCUUCUGUGUCCCCGUCAUGGAAGACAGUGGUGCCGGACGGGCCGCCGCUGGGGAGGGAUUUGGUGGACAGGAUUGGGAAUGUGGCGGGGGAGGUGUUGAUGCCGCUGCUGUAUACAGUGGCGGGAUCGGUGAUUUCGCCGGGGGUGGUGCUGCAUUUGAAGGCGUGGAGGGUGCUGAUUGUGAUGGUGGUGGUGGCGUGGCUGUCCAAGUUGCUGGCCACCAUGGGGCCGGCGAUGUACUGCGGGUUUUCGCUGCGGAAGGCCUUCUUGUUGGGGCUUAUUAUGAAUUUUCAGGGGGUUCUGGACUUGAUUACUUACAUGAAUUUCAAGAAUGGGACUCUGCUGGAAGAGGAGAGCUACACAUUACUGGUAUUCGCCAUCGUCUUCAUCACCUCCGUCGCGACUCCGUUGGUGAAGCGUCUCUACAACCCCCUCGGCCAUGAUGAGCUCGUCGGCCGGCGAGGCAUCCAACACCUUCGACCUAACGCAGAGCUGCGAGUCUUAGCUUGUCUGCUCAACGAAGACCACAUCCCCAGCACAUUGGGCCUCUUUGAAGCCUCAUGUCCGGCACAAGAGACUCCUAUGUGCGUCUACGUUCUCCACCUGGUGGAGCUGACGGGCAGGGCUAGCUCCACCGUCAUUGCCCAUAGGAACAAGAAGGGGUUCAUCAAUCCCAGCAAAAUGGACCGGCUGCACAACGCAUUCAUCAACUAUGAGCAGGAGAAGAAGGGGAUCGUCGCUGUCCAGCCCUUCACGGCCAUCGCACCUCUCAAGGCCAUGCAUCAGGACAUCUGCUCCCUCGCAGCUGAUAAAAGCGUCGCCAUCAUCAUCCUCCCCUUGCCCCGCAGUGAUGCCACCGGUGGGUUCAGGGAUCAGGACCACGCCUUCCGGAGCAACAUUCCCCACAUCCUCUCCAAGGCGCCGUGCUCGGUGGGGCUUCUGGUGCACAUGGGCUUAACCGUCACAGCGGUUUCGACGCCGCCGAACUCUCGGCAUCACGUCGGACUACUCUUCUGGGGAGGUCCCGACGACCGCGAGGCUCUCUCCUAUGCGGCUCGCAUGGUGCGCAACGAAGGCGUAACCCUAAAUGUCACCAGGUUCCUUCCAUGGCGCUCCGCGGCAUCGACCGAAAGGGAGGCGCAGAUGGACGGCGACUUAAUAGAGGAUUUCAGAAAGGAAAACAGCGGCAACCUGCGGGUACUGAUGAAUGAGGUUUCCGUGAGCGACAUGGAGCAGACGAUUGCGGCCAUACGAAACUUCAGCCACGCGGGUUACGAUCUCGUAAUGGUCGGUCGGCGGCUUUCAUGGAACUCAAUACUGAAUGAUGAGUUGGAGGAGUGGAGCGAGUUUCCGGAGCUGGGGGUCGUCGGCGACAUGAUCGCCUCGGCUGAUUUUGAGUCGGACUUUUUUAUUCUUGUGGUGCAGCAGAGGGCUUGAAUUAGGGUUUUGGGUUACUGCGGUAGGUAUUAUCAGAUCACUACUGUGUCUUUGGCUUAUAUUCUUUACAUUUUGUUUAUUAGGAGGAAAUUUUACACCGUAUGUCUGGACGGCCAAUCGACCAAUCGCCGAUCGCUAUAUGGCCCAUACACGUUGGUGUCGGGCGAUGUGGCGCCUGAUAGUUGACCGUUUGGAUGUGGGGACGUAAUAUGUUUUUUCAUUUAUUAGGGCUUGUAGGUGUGGAUAAAAUGUUACGUAUGUUUAAAGUUUAAUGUAUGUUUUUAUUUUUUUUCCGUGUAUUACUACAUUAGUAGUAUUCUCACGUAGGUGUGAAUAACCUGCUUGUGAAAAAUAUAUUACAUCACGAG